CAUAGUUCAUGCAUAAUGGUGAUGCCAAGCAGUGCCAAGGAAAACCCCUCAGAAAACCCCGGAAAUACCGAGUAUUUUCCCACACCAAAAAUCACCCCAACUGUGCCCCCCUCAGUGCUCCCCCUCCAGCCCCCAAACUAACCCCCCAGCCCCCCCCCCCUAAAAUAAUCGAUAAACAGUGAAAAAACAAUCUCCCCUGUUGUGAGCCCCUGGUGGCCCCCCGGAGCCCUUAAACCCUCAAUCGCCAAAACUGCAAAUCAACAAUAAGUGAACCUCUCCCAUUGUUUGUAAACACACCCCUUCUGUAUCGAUCACAACCCCCUCCCCUCGCCCCUCAUAAGAUCGAAUUGAUCAAAAAACUAUUGAAAAAUCAGUGGCAUAAAAAAAUCAGUGGAAAAAAAAAAAGAAAACUAAAAAAGUAUCCAAAAAUCAAAUUUCAUAAUAUGGACGACGAAGAGGGCUCGUCGAGUUCAGGGCCGAUGUCAUCGCUGAACAGUCUGUUCUCGUUCACCUCUCCAGCGGUGAAGAAGCUGCUGGGUUGGAAGCAGGGUGACGAGGAGGAGAAGUGGGCAGAGAAGGCAGUGGACUCCCUAGUGAAGAAGUUGAAAAAGCGUAAAGGAGCAAUAGAGGAGUUGGAGAGGGCCCUGAGCUGUCCAGGCACCCCCAGCAAGUGUGUGACGAUACCCAGGAGUCUGGACGGCAGACUCCAAGUGUCCCACCGCAAGGGUCUGCCCCACGUGAUCUACUGCAGGGUCUGGCGAUGGCCAGACCUCCAGAGUCACCACGAGCUGAAGCCACUGGAGCUGUGCCAGUACCCGUUCUCAGCGAAGCAGAAGGAGGUGUGCAUCAAUCCUUAUCAUUAUAAACGUGUUGAGAGCCCAGUGUUGCCACCGGUGCUGGUGCCAAGGCACUCGGAGUUCGCCCCUGGGCACUCACUGCUGCCUUUUCAGCAGCUGCCAGAGCCCACGAUGCCUCAUAAUGUCUCUUACUCGUCUAAUGGGUUUAACAAUCAGGCUGGGUCACCCACAGCUGUGGGGGGAGCUGGGAAUAACAACAGUUUGGGGCCCACUUCGCCCAUGUCCUCGGUGACGUCGGUGGCCAGCCCUGGGGGGACGACUUCCCCCAAUCCUCAGAGCCCUUAUGGCACCAAUGGACUGCCAGAGACUCCUCCACCUGCCUAUUCACCCCCUGAGGAUGGCUCCCAGACUGGCCAGUCACCACCUCCAGAUCCCAAUGCCAUGGACACUGGGGGCUCCACUGAGGUCGCACCUGUCUGCUAUCAGGAGCCACCGUACUGGGCUUCGAUAGCUUAUUACGAGCUCAACUGCAGGGUUGGGGAGGUCUUUCAUUGCCAGUCGCAUUCCAUCAUUGUGGAUGGGUUCACCAAUCCCAGCAACAAUUCGGACAGAUUCUGUCUGGGCCAGCUGUCCAAUGUCAACAGGAAUUCCACUAUUGAGAACACUAGGAGGCAUAUUGGGAAGGGGGUGCAUCUUUACUAUGUUGGGGGGGAGGUCUAUGCUGAGUGCCUCUCGGAUUCGGCCAUCUUUGUGCAGUCCAGGAACUGCAAUCAUCAUCAUGGCUUUCAUCCCAGCACUGUGUGCAAAAUUCCGCCUGGGUGCUCUUUGAAGAUUUUUAAUAAUCAGGAGUUUGCUCAGCUCCUGUCGCAGAGCGUCAAUCAUGGGUUCGAGGCCGUUUAUGAACUCACGAAGAUGUGCACCAUCAGAAUGUCAUUCGUGAAGGGCUGGGGAGCAGAGUACCACAGACAAGACGUAACUUCCACUCCCUGCUGGAUAGAAGCUCACCUGCAUGGGCCACUGCAAUGGCUGGAUAAAGUCCUGACACAAAUGGGAUCCCCACACAACGCUAUAAGUUCUGUUUCAUAAGCUCUUUGAAGAAAGGAGCUUGUUACAUGUUUGUUCAAUGAAGAAAACUAUAGAUUAGCCAUGUAGAUGCACGCUGCAGCGUAACUCAUGAUAUACGUAAGGGACUUUCUCGUAAACUCGUGAGAGAUGAAAACAAUUUCCAAUGAUAAAUUCGUGAUAACUCACUUUGUUCGAGGGCAAGAGGAGUAAUUAAGGAAAAUGGUCAAUUACGAAUGUUCGAAAUUGAAAGACAAUUGCAAGAAAAAACAUUCUGAGAGUAGAUAAUAUUUUUAAAGCCAUUUUCAAAUAAUUUAUAAGAAAAUCAAAAAAUAAAAUUUGUGAGAAAAUUAAGGGAUUUCGACUUUUCUGAUUUGAUUAUUCUCUCGAAGUUUAUUGUAUAGAAAUUCUGAGGUAUUUUCUACUGUAUUUUUUAUUGUUUCUCAUUACAAAAUGCAAGAAAAACUGCAGAAUUUAUCCUUUUCCACAGAUUUUCAAUAGAAUUCGCUUCAAUAGAAUUUCUUAGAGAAAGCACUGAUUUUUUUUCUAUGAAAUUGUUUUA